GUCUGAAGGCGAGUUGACACCUGCGCAGCAUCAGUCGCUCUAAGAUCACAUCUCGCGAAAAGUAAUGAUUAUUUCGGUCCUCUGGCGUUUAGUUCCGCAUACUCCCACCGCGGCGCUGCGCUCCGGGAGUGGGAUGGCGAUGUAUCUACCUUGUUAUACUAAGCUGUUAAAACGUAAUAUUAGUGCAGAAAAUUGAAAAUUUUGGGCGAUAUAUUUCGAGAAGCGGUUUUUAUUAUAGUCCCAGUGUUAUAUUGCGAGCUGAAAAUGUGCGUAGUGCGGUUUCAGCGGCUGCGAAGCCGAGUUUUAUAGACAGCGCCUGAUCGUCCAUUUGACUGUCGUUCGUUUUUCCAGGGACCGCCGGGCGAGUUUUGUAGUGGAAUAUUUGCGAAUUUAUUAUUAUGUGCUUAUGUAGUGGCUUAGGUAGUGAAUCAAUGUUCCGCCAAUUUCGGCAUAUCGCGUAGUUUGUAAUGAUGUAUUGGGACGUCGCUCGUGUAUCGACCGACAAAGACGAAUCUUGUGGACUGUCCAUAUUGCACCUAGCGUGUGGUUUCUGGCCAGCUUGAUAAGAUAAUCGGUGGGUCACGGCCGUGCCCGACGAGGGCGUGAGGACGUUAGCGCUUUUGUUAUGAAUAAUUUACAAAGCAUUGACAAUAACACCCCAAUUCUGCGUAACGCACAAAAUGCCAGUUCGAAAUCAGACCGCCGCGAGCGGCAAAAAGAUAGCUAUCUGAAAACUCCCGAUCACUAAUGGCGCUUGGAAGAGUUUUCAUCAUUCUCGUCAUAGUCGCGAUCGUGAUCGGCGAUCAGAAUGAAGUCAAAACAGAAAAUAAAACUAAAAAGACCGUGGCGGCGGAAAAGGAGACCAGAUCGGCUAAUCCCAAAGACCGAGGCUCUUUAAAGCAAAUAUCGAGUUUACUGAAAAAUAAUACGAAGGUGGGUCGGAAGAAAAAUAUAUUGAGACAAUUGAAUAUUAACGAUGAUAUGAUGAAUGACAACGAAGGAGUUUUAACUGUGCAUGAAAAGCCGUCGAAUGAUUCGCUAGCGCGUAAGAUUGACGCGCUCAGGCCUUCGGGUCCGAAUUACACACCUGCAUCUGUGAACAGUUACACACCACAAGUGGUAGGAGUGUAUUGUGACUUUGAGAACGUGUCGAAUGUGACGGACAUGUGUAUGUGGCUGUGGAACGCGUCUGUGUCACGACACGGACUGGGGUUCUCUGUGGCGACGGCUGCGGAUUUGGUGUUAUUGAAUAAGACGACGAGGGGGCUCAAGUUUUCGGGACCUCCGACGGAUGCAGAUGGAAAUGUUGAUGGUCACUUCCUGUACCUUCCGGUAGACCCCACGAUGGAAAAUAUGGUCAUACGGUCGCCACUCUUCCGAGGACUGUGGGAAACAUGCCAGUUCGAAGCCUGGCUUCACCAGAGCAGGAUGCAAAACGCCAGUAUACGUUUAGUAUCCGAGUCAGAGUCGGGGAUUCAGUGGAUUUUGACUGAAGUCACCGGGAAUAACUAUGAAGAAUGGCGAUAUUUCAAAGUGAAAAUCGCCAAAAUCCAGCAAGAGGUCAACAUCAUGGUGGAGAUCACUCGGCCGUCGUUCGUUAGUCUGAACAGUCCGCUGCCUCACAUCGCGAUAGACAACAUCAGGAUGGUGGAUUGCGUUCCUGAACCACCCAUUUAUAAUGGGCAGUGCAAGUCGCCGCAGCAUAAGUGCGAAAUCAUGGGCAAGGAAUCAUGCAUCAAGCUACAGCAGGUGUGUGAUCUGGUGAAAGAUUGCGACAGCGGCAGCGAUGAGAAUCAAAACUGCGAUAAAAUGCCGUAUGGAUCGUACUGCGACUUCGAGCAGGACUUUUGCGGUUUUGAAAAUAUACCUCAACCAAUUCUAAAAUGGGUUCGUCACAGCGGUCCAACCCCAACCGACAAGACAGGUCCAAACCACGACCACACCUGCGGACAACCAGAAACACACUCCCCUAUUAAAGUAGUCCCUCCCCUCUUCCCAGCCCACAUGAACUUCACCCUCACCCAUUGUAUAGGAUAUUACUUGUUCGUGAACAUGAACGUGACUGGGCCUAAUCAGGAGAAAGCCGAUUUUGCUUCGACGGCGGUUAUGAAGACGGUGGUGUUUAAUCCACCUCCGAGGCUGCAUGGGCGGCCGUCGUCGAGAUACUAUAAUUGUUGUAUGAUUCGUUUCUACUAUCAACAAAAUGGCCGAAACACCGGCUCUCUGAGCGUGAACGUCGUAGAACUGUCCACGCGCGGCAACAUCUCGCAUCAAGUCUGGUUCUCGCACAGAGACAAAGGCGAGAACUGGUUACGAGCCAUUAUAUUCCUGCCUAAUAUUACUAGACGAUACUACCUCGAGUUCAAAACUCGGAGAGGAAUGAGAAUUUACUCGGACGCCGCAAUCGACGACUUUUCUAUGGCGCCCGAGUGUUUCGGCCUCAAUAUAGACCCCGACGAGCUAGGAGAGUAUAAUUAUUACGACCCUGUGUUCGAAGAAAAAACUACGCCGCAUCAUGCGUUUGCUGAUAAAACCUUCUACCGAUUCACAACAUGCGGUGCCACGGGCCGCUUCGGGCCCAACCAGACGAUUUGCGACGCGGCGUAUAACCAAACAGGCGUAUCUGUCACCGUCAACAGCGGCGUACAAGUGUGGCAGGUCCCUCACGAGGGGUUGUACACGAUAAUAGCAUUAGGUGCAAGUGGGGGUCUCGGUGGAAGUUGGGUAGGCGUGGCCCACGGAGCAUCAGCAAGAGCUCUCUUCGAAUUACACAAAGGGGAGAAAAUACACAUGUUGAUGGGACAGCAAGGACUCAACGCUUGUAAGAAGGGUCUAUCGGCUCAAGAAACGCAAGAAUGCAACAAGCGAGCCAACGACUCGGCUAUCAUCUUCACUAGCAAGACGCACGAGGUCCGGAACACGCAUGUCCAAGAUGGCGGCGGCGGCGGCGGUGGCGCCACCUAUGUGUUCCUUAUUGACAAAGAAGGGCAAGAGUUCCCCCUGCUAGUGGCAGGCGGUGGCGGGGGCAUAUCUCUCGGCACCUUCCACGACGACGGCUCGCAGCACGCGCGCCCCGCCACCAACGCCACUCCCGAGUCAGGUUACAUGUACGGUCAGCCUGGACAAACUCCUGGUGCCGGCGGUGGAUGGGUGGCCGGCGCGAAACCCAUCACACCGGGCUUCGAGUUAGUUCGAGGAGGCGCGCUAAAAGAUGGCGCUAUCGGCGGCCUGGCGUGUGUUGGGCAAGCUCAUGGAGGAUUCGGAGGGGGUGGGGGUGGCUGCAGAAGGGGCGGUGGCGGAGGAGGAUGGAUAGUUAUACGACGGCGUUCGUCAAUGAGGAUUCGGAGGAUAGGAGUGGUUGUACAAGGGGAGAUGAUGGAGGAUGGAUUGGUGAGUUCAAUAGCGUUAGACAAGGAUAGUGAUAAUGUAGGCUUCGGUUAUACGACGGCGUUCGUCAAUGAGGAUUCGGAGGAUAGGAGUGGUUGUACAAGGGGAGAUGAUGGAGGAUGGAUUGGUGGUAACACAAACGAAGGCCAUGGCCAUCACAGCGAAGGAGGGUGGUCAUACGUGGACACGGCACGAGCAAUUAGAGACUAUAGUGAAGUCACAGUCGGACAGAGAAGCAGUCCUGGUGAGGUGCUGAUCAUACCGGCUAUACACGACUGCGGCUGCGCCUACCGCUGCGUGGCGCUGAACGAGCACCGGAGCGAGGUGCGCUGCUACUGCCCCUCCACCUGGACCACUGACGCCAACGACCCUACCAAGUGUAUACUGGAAGAAUCUUGGACGAACAUGUCCAACAUGUUGGUGUGGGUGCUCGGAGUAUUCUGUUUUAUCUUCGCGCUGAUAUUCGUCAUUGGGUGUCUAUACAUGUACAACAUUUACCAGCGUAGGAAAGAGUCCGAACUCCGUCAAAAGCACCUCCUCGAACAAGAAGUCCAGUUGCACCGACUGAGGAACGCACCCGGAGGCACUGAGAACCCUCUGAGCAUGGCUUUCAACCCUCACUAUGGGAGCGAGAAUAUUCUACCUCAAGGGAUCGAUGUUAGAGGACUACCGCAAGUUUCGAGAGAAGCCUUGAAGUUGGUUAAAGCCCUCGGGCAAGGCGCCUUCGGUGAGGUCUACCAGGGCCUCUACCGCCACGGUGCCAACAAUCAAGAGCUCCCUGUAGCAGUAAAAACCCUCCCAGAGUUAUCCACGGGACAGGCGGAAAGCGACUUUCUCAUGGAGGCCGCCAUCAUGGCCAAGUUUAGACAUGCUAACAUUGUUCAUCUCAUUGGAGUGUGCUUUGACAGUCAUCCUAGAUUCAUAGUUCUCGAGCUCCUCGCAGGAGGAGAUCUCAAGAAUUUCCUUCGGGAGUCUCGUCCGAGGCCGGAGCGGGCGAGCGUGCUCACUAUGAAGGAUUUGCUCCUCUGUUCAAUAGAUGUGUGCAAGGGCUGCAAGUAUCUGGAGUCCAACCGAUUUAUACACAGAGACAUCGCGGCCCGCAACUGCCUGCUGUCGUCCCGCGGGCCGGGCCGCGUCGUCAAGAUCGCGGACUUCGGCAUGGCGCGCGACAUCUACCGCGCCGACUACUACAAGAAGGGGGGCAAGGCCAUGCUGCCCAUCAAGUGGAUGCCGCCCGAGGCCUAUAUAGACGGGGUGUUCACCAUUAAGACGGACGUCUGGUCCUUCGGGGUGCUUUUAUGGGAGGUGUUCUCGUUGGGCGUGAUGCCGUACACGGGCUGCGCUAACAGGGAGGUGAUGGAGAUGGUGUCGAGCGGCGGCCGGCUCGAAAAACCCUAUGGUUGUCCUCAAGAAAUCUACCGACUGAUGUGCGACUGCUGGAACCCCACGCCCUCGGAGCGGCCCUCGUUCGCCAACAUGCUCAUACAGCUCGAGUGCUUCUUAAAGGACCCAGAAAUCGUGAGCGCGCCCCUCCCCGUGGUGCGAUCCCUGUUACCUCCGACCGAGGUGCAGCUCAACAAUGGCCCGCAGCGCGCCCCGCCCUCGUGUGACUACCUCGAGCCCACGCCGCGCGCCGACCCGCCGCCGACCUCUAGCUCAACGGAUCAGCUGCUGCCUCAUAGCAAAUCGCCAACGGCGACGCCGGACCUUCCAGGAAUCGAGGAUUCACAAUAUCCACCUCUACUGAAAGCAUCACAAGGAUAUGGCAACAUUCCAAUGGCGUCACGGCGCGACAGCGGCGGCGCAAGGCGCGAGGCUGCUACUCCCGCCGCCGAGACCAACACCACCAUAAAGUUUCUGCCGUCUAACUCGACUGACAGAUUAUUAAGUUCAGUGGACGGCGGUUCAGUAGACUCAGACUCGGCGUCGGAAGACGGGCCGGCUGUAUGGGAAACCUCGUUCUCGGAGCGGCCCGAGCGGCCUGUGGAUCCGGGGCCGGCGGUUGACAAACUAAUCAGCAUAACACCAACGUCGCCCAAGCCCCCGGAGAACGCUCUAUCCAUAGCGAUAGAUGCUAACAUCAUGGACAAAACCAACCACAGCAAAAACAGCCUCAUGCCAGAACGAAAGACUGCCCCCAUAGCUUCCCCCGACCCACCCCGGAUCACGGCCUGGGCUAAAGAACCUCCUAAACUUAAACCCAAACCCCUCUGCUUAGACGCAGCCCAGCUAGAACAAAAUCUAAACGCACUUAAAAAGAAUUCAGGAUCUGUUAACCUAACGACAAUGAACAUCCUUCCACCUCCAUAUUUCAACGUAGUUACCCCUAAUAAGAUAUCCGAAUCUAAAACUAUACAGAUCGAUCCUAAGAAAGCUGUCAUACAGGAUUUAAAUAGUCCAAGAGAAGAGCCUAAAGAGGAGAAAACCAAGCUAAAACAGUCAAAUUCAGCAGCUAGUUUACUAAACGGUCCUAUGACAGAUGUUCCUUACGCGGACAGUGAUAAUGCGUCAUCAAGUUCUGGCAGCAAUGGACAAAAUCAGAUAAACAAUGAGAAGAAUAAGAAUUACUCUGACGUCAUCGUUGGUGAGAGGAAGAUUAUUAAACAGGGUAGCAAUGGGGUCGCCGAGUCUGAGAUUAGUUGUUAAAGUGUAAUGGGCGUGGAGAAGCGAAGCUGAAGGUUUUUACAGUGUUUACCGUCUUAUGAUUUUUAUAGCAAUGCAGUGGUUCAGACAAUGAAAUUGUUAAAUAUUUUAUAAUUUGACUACCUUGUAGUCGCACAGAUACCAAGACAAAGCAAUUUAGAUUUGACUAAAAGAAACAUUUAAAAUACUAUAAAUGGAAGGAUUUUAAUAGGCCGUUGGGUGGCUAGAAGUAUCCCUAUUUUCCCCAAACCAUGUCCAAAAAACUACUGCGAAUAUUGAAUAAUUUCACUAAUAACUGGAAUGGCUUUAAAGCGGAACAAGACAAACACUUCUUAUGUGGGUAAAUGCCAAUAAUUUUUCCACUGUAAAAUAUAAGGACGCAAUCAACAGUUUCAUAACCGCCAAUGUCUCUCAACGAAAAAUAAUUUCGUCGGUUGAUAACCAACACUCACUUUGUUUCAAAAACAUGUACAAUUAGUAAGAUGUACAAUAAAGUGCUAACAACUACUACUAUUUUCUAAUGGCUUUUGGUUGACAACAAUUUAUUUCUACGACAGACUAAGGUUGUCUGUAAUCAGUGUGUGAUACGGCGUCAGUUUCGCUUCUACAAGCGUCUUGUAGUGGAAUUAUACGCCAUUGGUUGUGCGGAGUGAUGCGGCGUUGCCGUGACAAACUUUAAAAUGCUUUAGACUUAAAAAAAACUAUAGAUAUAACUAAAUAAGUAAUUAAUGUAAGUUGUAAAUAUAAAAACUUUUACAUCUAAAUUAAGAUUAAUAUAGUUCGAGAUUAAGGAUUAUUUCGAAAAUGUAUUUUUGUCGAUGUGUACAAAUUUGUUUUGUAAUAAAUGUAUUUCUUUGACAAUUGUAAUGGCUUCCUGGAUCGCUUAUAGAUGAAUAGUUUAUUGUUGCUCAAGUUGCUCAAUAUUUUGCCGGUUGUAGGCCAAAUAAAAUAUAAAAUGUUAGGUUUUCUACGUAGGUAUCCAUAAUAUGUUAAAAUGGAAUUUUAUACUGAGAAAUUGUUUAAAAAUUGUUGCUUGGUAGCAUUUUUUUCUAUGAGAACUGUAAAAUGUAUUUAUAUAUUUGUAUUUUAUAUUGAGUUAAAGUUUUCGUAGUUAUUUGGACAAACAAUGAAGCAGUACUUUUUACCUAUUUACGUCCUAAACAGCAUAAGAAAUAUUUACCUAACUCGAUUUGAAUAUGAUUUUGACUUGCAUUAAAUCCUGCUAUAGCUAUAGGACUAUCGUUUAAUUGAGGCAGUUGGUAAGAAGUAAUUGUGGUCAGCAACUGACAGAUUGGCUACAUGAAGCUGAUUUGUAUUAUGUUAUGUAAGUAAAUAUAUAAUAUGUAAACAUCUAUUAAAGCAAGGACGCUAAGCACGAAAACAUUGAACGGCCUGUUCCUAUCUCUAUCGCACUCGUGUAAUCAUAUUGCUGUCCCGCCCUAGUGCCGGCGGUUAAUGCCACUGUGCGAGCGGGAAACUUAUAUAGAUAUGCGCGUGCGAUAGGGAUAGCAAAUGGCGGGUCAAAGUGCGAAAUUUAGUCUCAAGACUCGCCUUCUACUAGUAAACCACCGCCCGACAUCUUUACCAACCGUCCGAGAUAAGUGGUAGAUCUAUGGCCCCCUGAGACUUAGAAGCGUUUGGUUUGAUUUUGAAUUUGGAACUAAGUUACUCUAUAAAAGUUCAAAAUAGAUUUUGGAAUAUGCACAAAAAUUUGUACCAGGGGUCUCAGGAGGAUAGAUAGAUAAUCGUAUUGCAUGUUUUUUGUUCGGGAGAAGACUUGAAGCUGAAAUUUGCGUGAUCUUAUAAAGAUAUCUACAAAUAUUUUAAUAAUUACGUUAUUAAAUUAAACUUAAUAAGUUUCGCAGAAACGUAAAACAUAUUUCGGAAAUCAAACGCACAUUGCACUUAAUAAUAAAAUAGUUAUAAUAUUUUGAAAUAUAAAUAAGAUCAUCGAAAUCUUUCUCUUCAGUUUCAAGUAGAUUCGCGAUUUUUUCAGACCGUGCUAAUAAUAGACUAAUUAGAUAUGAAUAAAGAAACGAAAAUAUAAAAUUGAUUAAAAAUGUAAUAUAUUAAUGUUGACUGGAAAUGGAAACUUAAGAAGGUUAUCUAUUAAAUAUGCCGAUUUUUAUUUCUUUCACACUCAUAAUUUAAAAGGAAAACCACGGAGAAAGGGAAAUGAAACAGUUGCAGAUAUACCUACAAGGGUAAGCUAAAAGUAACCAACAAAUUAUGAAACUGUAUGCUCCAUUAAACAGUAAUAAAAAAGUAAAAACUAUAAAUUUAUAGAACUUCUUUUUACUUGUCUACGAAAUGAAAGCUGAAAUUCAACUGAACGAUUUACUCAAUCAUUUUGUUCAGAAUAAUAAUAUUAUUUAAAACAUGAUAUACUUUAAUUUCAGACUUUUUGUUACUUUUCUAUCUUGUGACAAAAAAACCAGUAAUAUUAUGAAAGCUCAUUUUUGGCCUAUUUAAUAAAUAUCCUUCCCUAGGACUUGUUGAAAGACCCACAAAAUAGAGAUUUAAAGAAAUGUUUAAACAAACUCAGCCACCAUUAUAAUUCUAGAACAAUUAGUAUAAACGUAAGUAGUAAUGCAUAAAAUGUUUGUAAAUAAUAUAAAAAGUAGACAUUUAUUACAUAAGUUCCGACCUUAUAUAUUCAUAUAAUUAUAAAAAACCGUUACAAUUAAUGUAGAUAUAGAAAUACGCAUCUGUUUUUGUUGUAAUAGUUUUAAUUCCGUUAAGAAUGGGUGUCCGCUAUAUAUAUAUAAUAUACAAAUAUAUUUAAAAAAUUCACCCAGUAUGUUAGGAAUAGGUUACAGAAAAUGAAUGUUGUUUCAUUAGAAAACAAUAUAGGAUGAUAUCUAUUUAUAUGGAAUAUAAACGUGUGUAAAAUUUAAGAGAAUGCUUUAAUUAAACUAAGAAUAAUGUAAGUUAUUGUGGAUAUAGCAAAAAAUUGAUUUUUAAUCGUUGUUUUUAAUCAGAGUAGUGCCAAUUUUGAUAGGUUACUGCCUUUCAUUUUGCAUUUAGGAUAUUCUGUUUGUAUUAUUGAGGCAUGAAAUGACAGGGUAUCAUGGUACGAUUCGUUCUCUUUAACUUUAGUUUCUCGUUUUCUGUCGAGGAUCUUGGCCCUUUCGCCCUUAAGCCUCAAGGUGUUGUUUUGAGGCGUACGUGAAAGAAUUUUGUGCAAGUGUUUGUUAAGACAAUGUUCCCUGAAUAAUUUUUGAAACGAUUGCCGUGACAGUAUCGUUUAGGAUGGGAUAUUAGCGGCUGGACUCCCGUUUUAUAUUUCUUCAUAGGGUUAAGUAAUUAUGGUUCUAAAAACUAUGGAGUCGAGUGUAAAAAGUGCAGAAAUACUUCAGGGAGCAUGUUUAUAUGGGAAUAUUUGUAAAGGCCACAGGCUUAACGUAACAUAGUUUCGAUGGUUUUUGACAUGAGUACGAAUGGAAAAUGAAUGUAUAACUUUUCAUAUGAAAACGUAUGGAUAUAUCCCGGAGAAACUUUCACUAAAAAUAAAAACAGUUUUGUUUGACGAAUAACGUUUUACUGUCACUUCUGUAACGUUGCUCAAUUUAGAAUUAUUCUUUUUGAAUUAGAUAAACUUUCUAAUGAUUUUAUUUUAACAAAAAAGUUUAAAUGUGGUUGUGAAGUAUGUAUAGUGACGGUAAACAUCCUAAUCCUUCGACUUGAAGCGAGUGACUCUGAAAUGUUAUUCUUCCACAUCAUUUCUUUUGAACAAAAUGACAGUAACUCGUGUCAUUUCUCGUGAACGAAAUGAUAGUGUUUAAUACUGUUUUGAACAACGAAGUUGCAAAUUGUCCUGAGCAUAUUUUAACGUUUUAUUUUUGAGACAGAAAGUCCACUUGUUGGAUACGCGAUGAUCGUUUUAAGAUAUAUAAAUAUGCUAAAUAGAAAGCACUUAUGUCUACUUGUGAAAAUAUGAAUGACACAAUGAAUACAAGUUGCAUGUAAAUUUAUAAAAUACAAAACAAAAGUGUAAUUGAUAUUCAAAGAUAAAUCAUUAAUAAUAAAUGUA